AUGUUGGUGGUCAAAGAUAAUGCGUUAAUCAACGCUAGUUACAGUUUAGAAUUAACAGAACAACGCCUAAUCCUACUCGCUAUCUUGAAUGCAAGAGAAACAGGUAAAGGGAUUACAGCCGAAAGUAGGCUAGAGAUACAUGCCAGUGAAUAUGCCAAGCAUUUUGAUGUAUCCAAUGAUGCUGCAUAUAAAGCCUUAAAAGAUGCCGUAGACAAUCUGUUUAACCGACAGUUUAGUUAUAGCCAAUUUCACAAGGAUACAGACAAGUUAAAAAAAGUUCGGUCACGGUGGGUUAGCCGAGUUGCCUAUGUCGAGGAACUGGCAAUUUUGGAAAUAACAUUUGCUCCCGAUGUCGUUCCCCUCAUCACACGACUUGAACAGCAUUUUACAAGUUAUCAGCUUGAGCAAAUAUCUCAACUCAAUAGUAAAUACGCUGUUCGCCUAUACGAAAUCCUAAUAGCAUGGCGAGAGGUUGGGAAAGUACCUCAAAUUGAGUUAGAAGAAUUGAGGAAUAAAUUAGGGGUUGAAGAUGGAGAAUAUGAAAGAAUAGCUAAUUUUAAAACUCGUGUAUUAGAUCCUGCAAUCAAGCAAAUCAAUGACUACACCGACAUUAUAGCAGCUUAUGAACAAUAUAAAAAAGGGCGGAUCAUUGUAGGAUUUUCAUUCAAAUUUAAACAAAAGCAAAAGCCAAAAGAAAUAGUGGCUAAAAAUGAUAUAUGUCCACGAGAUCCGAAAACAGUUGAUAUGUUCACUGGUAAAACCGAUGCAGAGACUAAGACUGCGGUAAACACUAAGGCGAUUGUCAAAGAUACUGUACCGCCUGCGAAUCCCUUGCAACACCGAGCAAGUCGCAUCACAACUGCCAUCAGAACGAAUGGACUACAUGACUGUUUUAAGCAGGGGGAGGAAGGCAUAUUUAGCACCUUAAAACGUAUUCAAGAAGAAAUUGUGAGCGGUGGCGAUAGUGUGGCGGACUUUUGGCAAAACAAGUUAGAAGAAUUUGGGGUGGUUUUUGAUUAA